GAGUCAACCCAAACCGAACGUCUGCAACCUUAAUUUGCCCUUUCCCCAACCCCAACUAACACGACGCCCCCCUCCCCCUCCCCCCAAAUCCGCCGCCAUGGCCGCCGCCGGCAAGCUCCUCCUCCUCGCCGCCGUCGCCGCGGUGUCCCUCAUCGCCACCUCCCCCGGCGCCGACGCGCGCCCGUGCGGCCACGCGCAGACGCUCCUCAUCUCCUUCUCCUCCGUCUCCAGGCCCAACCCGGACCCCACCAACCCCGCGCCCCUCACCACCACCGUCGUCGCCGUCCUCCGCGUCCGCCGCCUCGGCCCGCACCAGAUCCGCCGCACCGAGGCCCUCCCCGCCGCCUCGGCCUCCGAGUCGGAGGUCGCCUCGUCCGCGCAGGACCGCGCCAAGGACAUCCUCGUCGUCGUCUCCGGCCUCCUCUUCGGAUUCGGCUGCGGCGCCCUCACCGCCGCCACCAUGUACCUCGUCUGGUCGCUCAUCGCCUCCACCUGCGCCUCCGGCUACGACGACGACGAGGACCAACUCUCCGACUCGGAGAGCCCCAAGAAGGCCGGAUACGUCAUCAUCCACGACGCCGAGGAGUACGGCGCCGGUAACAAAUAGGAUUGGGGAUCUUAGUCUUACCGAGGGCAACCAAAGGGUUCGUCGUUCACAAUAACAUUGCAUGAUUUACUCGGAAUUAAAUUAUGCAGUAUAAGCUGUAGUAUUAUGCACCUAUAUAUGUGUUGCGUCUGUCCGAUUCUGUCUAUGUACGUAUGUCGUUUGGGGAAAGGAAAUUGAAAUUAUGAAUGAAUACGCUUCCUACCUAGUCAAACUGAAAUAAUUCCUAGUACUUUGUUAUUGCAAAA